AUGGCUGAGCCCGACUCCUUCCCGCUGUUGGUCAAGGGAUCCUGGGGCCUUGACCCCCCGAAGAACCUGCGCAACAAGUUGCAUGUGUAUUUCCAGAGCUCGAAGAAGUCGGGAGGCGGAGAUUGUGUGGUCCGCGCGGAGCCCGGGAACCAGUCCCACUUCCUGGUGAUCUUCUCAAGGGAGAACGUUCGGCAGAAAGUUUUGGCAAGAGAGAACCACGAGUUAGUAUGGCCAGACAAAGGAACAUUCAAGUUGACUGUUCAGUUGCCCACAUCUCAAGAUGAAACCCAAGAUGUCACCAGGAGGCAAAUUCCAAAAACGGAAUCCAAGACCAAAGAAGAUGCCAGUGUACCAGACUCAGAUAUAUCAGAAGAACCAGACACAGAACUCUCUCUCAAUAGAACAGCUGAAAAAAUGGAAGCUAUCCCAGAAAAUAUUUCAUCUUUGGUUGCAUUUGAAAAUCUCCAAGAAAGUAUGAGUGACAUUGUGCUAACAUUGCUUGUGGAGAACAUAAGUGGCCUGUCAGCACACAAUAAUGACUUUCAAGUGGAAUUAAUACAAGAUAUUCAUGCUGGUGUAGUUACCUUUCACAGGCAUUUAGACACCAGGAAAUUUAUUGAUGAUUGUUUCAGAUACCAUUCAGCUAAGCACCUUAACAUUUCUGUCAGACUUCUGGAAGUGACCAGAGUCCUAAGAGUUGAAAACCUGCCACCUGGUGUUGAAGAAUAUUAUUUAACACUUUUCUUUGAAAAUCCCAAACAUGGAGGAGGAACUGUGGACAGUGUUAAAUACUUACCAAGAGAAAGUUCUGCUCUGAUUGAAUUUUCUGACAGAAAAGUGUUGGACACCAUCAUGACCAAGAAACUUGUCUUCAAUAACAUGCCGCUUUCUGUGUUCCCGUAUUAUCCUUCUUUGGGCACAGCCUUGUAUGGCAAGGAGAAACCUCUGAUCAAGCUGCCAGCACCACUGGAAGUGCCACUACCUCUUCCUGUGUGUAAGUUCAUACAGAAGAAGGAUCAACUGAUUGAAAAAAUAAACAGUGACAUGGGACAUUGCCAUUGUGAGCUAACAUGGCUCCUACAUGAUGGUGUUGUCACCAUUAGACCUGCAGCCACGUUAAUCAAUCAAGGAAGACAGAAAAUCUAUAACUGGGAUGAAGAUGCUUCCACAGCAUUCUCUGCAGUCACAUCUAAAUUUCAAGUUAGCACAUUUCAAGUGGAGCCAACAGUGUGGGACACCAUCAAAAACGAUUUCAAAGAUGAUGAGAUUUUGAUUGAGUAUGAUACACUUGAGGAAACUGUAAUCAUUGUGGGGAAAUCAGAGAAUGUACAAAGCAUUGAGCCACAAAUCAGGAACUCAACAGAAAUGAUCACCCAAAAAAUUAGGAGAGAAAAGCAAAGUCUGAAGGAAAAAGUGUCAGUUUCUCCAGGAAAAUAUUUUCUUUUGAGACAUUAUGGUUUACUGGAGCGUUUACAUAAAGUGUGUUCAGAAGUAGAGAUUUCUUACGAUGCAGACACUAGACACAUUUUCCUUAAAGGGCUCCAAGCCGAUGUAUAUAAAUUGAAGUGUGAAAUUCAGGAACAGGUACACACCUUGGUUCAGAAAAGCAUCCAGGUUACCCAUGAGAUUUUCCAGUUUCUGAAGCAGGUAAACUCUGAAGAAUUCUCUGAGUCUCUUUUUAUAGCAAAGAAGGUCUUUGCAGUUUAUGAGCUAGAGCAUGCAGGUGUACUCCUAACCAGUUGUUCUCCUGAAGAUCUAUUAAAAGCUGAACAGCAAGUGGCCAAUGCCUUUAAUUAUAAAUGCAUUGAAGUUGAGGACAGGGAAGUUCUUAAAGAUAAGAGAUGGAAAGGGCACAUUCUCAAUUUGCAUAAGAAACAUAAUUCCUCCUCAAAAACUGUAAUAAUCGAUGAGUUAACUUCAGACACCACAGCUCAAGUCAUCAUUACCGGUUGUGUAAGGGAAGUGAAUGAAGUCUAUGACUUGCUUUUUGACUUUGUAGAGAAACACACAAAAAUAGAGAGAUUGAUCGAAAUAAAGCCUUUCUUACUUGCUCAGUAUUUAAAGACAGAAAAGAAGUCAAUCUGGUCAAAAAUGAAAGAUGUGCGUUUAAAUUUCAAUCCAGAAAACAAGCAAAAAGGCAUUGUACUCACUGGCCCAAAGACCAAAGUCCUGGAGGGAAUAAAGAUCAUCCAAGAACUCCAGGACUCAAUUUAUAUUAAGAGCAUCUGUAUUGAUAAGCCUGGAGCUAGUGACUUCUUCCAGGAUAAAGAACGGUAUUAUAAAGGUGAGGCGAGGCGGCAGUUUGGUUGUUUUAUUGAGCUACAUAAAGAUCAGGAAAAGGAGGAUGACGAUGCAGGUGGAAAGCGGUGCUAUGCUUGGGCAGAGCUGGCUCCUGGAGUCUCACUGCUGGUUCAGAAGGGUGAUUUGACACGGUUUCCCGUAGAAGUGGUGGUGAAUGCAGCGAAUGAGAACCUUGAGCAUACCAGUGGCCUUGCUGGUGCUCUUUUAAAAGCUGCUGGCCCUGAACUCCAAUCCAAUUGUGACGAUAUAGUGAAGAUGAAGGGCAAGAUCCAAGCUGGCAGUGCUGUCAUCACAAAAGCGGGAAAGCUCCCAUACUAUCAUGUGAUCCAUGCAGUUGGGCCCAGGUGGCGGGUGAAUGAGGCCCCAAAGUGUGAGUUCCUGUUAAGGAGAGUAGUGGAAGAAAGUCUUCAGUUGGCUGAAAAACACAGGUACAAGUCCAUAGCCAUCCCAGCUAUUAGCUCCGGAGUCUUUGGCUUCCCCCUACAUCAAUGUGUGAAGACCAUUGUUUUGGCCAUUAAGGAAACCUUCCAGUACAACAGGAAGGGAAGCACCUUGAAAGAGAUUUACCUUGUGGAUGUAUCUGUGAAGACUGUCGAGGCUUUUGCUGAAAUUGUGAAAACUAUGUUUAAAGAUACAGUGUCUGGCAAUGUUUCUCUGCACAGUGUACCAACAGCGAACCAACCCACUAUGAGAACAGAUCUUGGGAACAGCAACCCUCUGCUGUCCCCCGAAGGCCUGAGGAUCCAUCUGCUAGAAGGACAUGUGCAGGAUGUGAGGACCAAGGUUAUUGUCAAUUCCAUUCCCUUGGAUCUGGAGCUUGGUAGAGGGCCCCUUUCUAAGGCUCUCUUAGAUAAAGCUGGGCCAAAGCUUCAGGAUGAGUUGAACAUAUCCGGACAAAGCAUGAUAGUCAACGUGGGCUCAGUUCUCAGAACAAGUGGUUGUAAUCUGCACUGCCAGUGUGUGCUUCACGUGGUGUGUCCAGAGUGGAGAAAUGGCAGCACAACUUCAAUAAAGAUUAUGAAAGACAUAAUCAAAGAAUGUUUGGAGGUCACUGAGAAAUUGUCCUUAAAGUCAAUUACAUUUCCAGCUAUAGGAACAGGAAAUCUGGGAUUUCCUAAAGCCAUUUUUGCUGAAUUAAUCAUUUCAGAAGUGUUCAAAUUUAGUAGCAAGAAUCAACUGAAAGCUUUAGAAGACGUUUACUUUGUGCUCCACCCAUCUGAUGAUGAAAAUAUUCAGGUAUUUUCAGCUAGCUUUGCCAGAAGAGCUAAUGGAAAUCUCGCCAUUGACAAAGUUCCCAAGGCUGAUGAAGAUACACAAGUUUUCUAUGGGAUUAUUUCAAGUCCUGAUUUAGGAGUGCAUGAGAUGAAGAUUGGCCCCAUCAUCUUCCAGGUGGCCUCUGGAGAUAUCAUCAAAGAAGCAGCAGAUGUGAUUGUAAAUUCAACAUCAAAUACAUUUAAUCUCAAAACAGGGGUCUCCAAAGUGAUUUUAGAAGCUGCUGGACCAGAUGUGGAAGGAGAAUGUAUACUUGAAGCUAAAAAGGCCAACAAAGGUUAUAUAAUUACCAAAGGUGGACUCUUGGGGUGCAAGAAUAUUAUUCAUGUCAUUGGAGGAAAUGAUGUCAAAAAAUCAAUGACCUGUGUCUUGCAAGAGUGUGAAAGCCGGAAAUAUGAGUCCAUAUGCCUCCCAGCCAUUGGAACAGGACGUGCCAAUCAAGACCCAGAUAAGGUUGCUAAAGCCAUGAUAGAUGCCAUUGAAGACUUUGUCCAGAAAGGAUCAGUUCACUCUGUGAAGAAAGUUAAAGUUGUUAUCUUUCUACCUCAAGUAUUGGAUGUGUUUUAUACCAACAUGAAAAAAAGAGAAGGGUCUCAGUCUUCUGCUAGCCCAUCGAUAAUGUCUAAAAUUGCAUCAUUUUUGGGUCUCUCACAGCAGCCUCCAAAAAAACAGACUCCUUUGGUUUUGGAAAAAAAAACUGUAUCAGCAACUUUUCUGGUGUGUGGUGAAAAUGAAAGAAAUGUGGGAAACACUAUCACUUGGCUACAGGAUCUGAUUAAAAAGGAACAGUUUACUUACAACAAUGAAGAUGAGAAUAUCAAAAACUUUGAUGAAAAGGAAUAUCAGGAAUUGAAUAAGCUGCAGAAGAAUUUAAAUAUUACCAUUGCCCUGGAUACUCGGAAGUCAUUCAUUGAAGUUAAGGGAAUUAGCAGAGAUGUUGUGAAAGCUACAAGUGCUAUUGAGGAAAUGAUCAAGAGGGUUAGAGUGACCAAAGAACAGGCAUCUCAGGCUGAUUGUAUCAGUGAAUAUAUAGAAUGGCAAUAUAGUGAAAACAACACUUUUUAUUCUUUUGACAAAAUAAGCAAUAUGCAACUGGAAAAUGCAAAGAGAGCAAAACAAAAGACAGUUCAAGUCAAAAUUCAUGAUCAGAACUGCACAGUGGAUCUUCAGGCAUGCACAGCUACCGAUGCAAGAGGACGCAGUUUAUCUAUUCAGCGUCUUACAAAAUCAGAAGUUGAGGUCCCUAUGAACUGGAGUGAUAUGAAGCAGCAGUCUUCCUGUGUGGUGGAACUAAAGCCUUCUCAUGCAGAAUACAUCCUGGUGGCAAACAAGUUCAAUCAGACCUGUUCAACCUUCAAAAUACAGAAGAUUGAAAGGAUCCAGAAUCUAGAUCUCUGGAAUUGCUACCAAGCAAAGAAAAAAACCAUGGAUGCCAAGAACAGUCAGACAAAUAAUGAGAUGCUUCUCUUCCAUGGGACAGAUGAAGGCUCUGUGCCACAUGUCAACCAGAAAGGCUUUAAUCGCAGUUAUGCUGGAAAGAACGCUGUGGCCUAUGGAAAGGGAACGUAUUUUGCUGUCAAUGCUAAUUAUUCUGCCAAUGACACUUACUCCAGACCAGGCAGUAAUGGGAUGAAGCACAUGUACUAUGUGCGAGUGCUGACUGGCAUCUACACAGUUGGAAAUAGUUCAUUAAUUGUGCCUCCUUCAAAGAACUCUCAAGACCCUACUGAUCUGUAUGACACCGUCACUGAUAAUACGCAGAAUCCAUCUUUAUUUGUGGUGUUCUAUGACUACCAGGCUUACCCAGAGUACCUCAUUACUUUUACAAGAUAA